AUGAGACAUUUUACCCCAUUAGGACUAGUAAUAGCAUCACAGACUGUAGAUAAAGAAAAUAUGAAUGAAGAGCCAUGCUUUCCAGACCUUGUGCAAGAACCUGCCGAGGACUCUUGUAAUCUAGUGGGUCCCCCUACAUCAUCAGAGUCGAAUAUAUCUACUGAUGUUGGCUCCCAGCAGCCAAAUGAUGCCUCAUCGUCAGAUGAAUUUAUUGAACCUUCUAUCGAUUGGAAUGACUCGGUUCCCCACCAAAGUGACUUAAUAAAUGAACCAUCAAGCAUGAUGAGCCAUGUUGUAGAGUGUAGUGAAAAUAAAAUCGACUAG